GGCGCGGGGGGGCGGCGUGGAUUUCGGCUUCGGGGCUUUCUGCUGCCUCCAGCCCGGUUUGCAUGUGCGGGGCCGCGGCGAGGAGCCUCCGCCCCCCACCCGGUUGUGUUUCGGCGCCUUCCUCUGUUCGGCGGCGGUGGCGGCGGCAGCAUGGCGAGCCCUCCGGACACCGACAGUUUCUCGGACGUGCGCAAGGUGGGCUACCUGCGCAAACCCAAGAGCAUGCACAAGCGCUUCUUCGUACUGCGGGCAGCCAGCGAGGCGGGGGGCCCGGCGCGUCUUGAGUACUACGAGAACGAAAAGAAGUGGCGGCACAAGUCGAGCGCCCCCAAACGCUCGAUCCCCCUGGAGAGCUGCUUCAAUAUCAACAAGCGGGCGGACUCCAAGAACAAGCACCUGGUGGCCCUCUAUACCCGGGACGAGCAUUUUGCCAUCGCGGCUGACAGCGAGGCCGAGCAGGACAGCUGGUACCAGGCCCUCCUGCAGCUGCACAACCGUGCCAAGGGGCACCACGACGGGGCCGCGGCCCCCGGGGCGGGCGGCUGCGGGGGCAGCUGCAGCGGCAGCUCAGGCCUUGGCGAGGCUGGGGAGGACUUGAGCUACGGGGACGUGCCCCCAGGACCUGCGUUCAAGGAGGUCUGGCAGGUGAUCCUGAAACCCAAGGGCCUGGGGCAGACAAAGAAUCUGAUUGGCAUCUACCGCCUCUGCCUGACCAGCAAGACCAUCAGCUUCGUGAAGUUGAAUUCGGAGGCGGCGGCCGUGGUGCUGCAGUUGAUGAACAUCCGACGCUGCGGCCACUCGGAGAACUUCUUCUUCAUCGAGGUGGGCCGCUCGGCUGUGACGGGGCCCGGGGAGUUCUGGAUGCAGGUGGAUGACUCGGUGGUGGCCCAGAACAUGCAUGAGACCAUCCUAGAGGCCAUGCGGGCCAUGAGCGACGAGUUCCGCCCUCGCAGCAAGAGCCAGUCCUCCUCCAACUGCUCCAACCCCAUCAGCGUCCCCCUGCGCAGGCACCACCUCAACAACCCCCCUCCCAGCCAGGUGGGGCUGACCCGCCGCUCGCGCACCGAGAGCAUCACCGCCACCUCCCCUGCCAGCAUGGUGGGCGGGAAGCCGGGCUCCUUCCGCGUGCGCGCCUCCAGCGAUGGCGAAGGCACCAUGUCCCGCCCGGCCUCGGUGGACGGCAGCCCGGUGAGCCCAAGCACCAACAGGACCCAUGCCCACCGGCAUCGGGGCAGCUCCCGGCUGCACCCGCCGCUCAACCACAGUCGCUCCAUCCCCAUGCCUUCUUCUCGCUGCUCGCCUUCGGCCACCAGCCCGGUCAGUCUCUCGUCCAGCAGCACCAGUGGCCACGGCUCCACCUCCGACUGUCUCUUCCCACGGCGGUCCAGCGCCUCGGUGUCUGGCUCCCCCAGCGAUGGCGGGUUCAUCUCCUCGGAUGAGUAUGGCUCCAGUCCCUGCGAUUUCCGGAGUUCCUUCCGCAGUGUCACCCCGGAUUCCCUGGGCCACACCCCACCCGCCCGUGGCGAGGAGGAGUUGAGCAACUAUAUCUGCAUGGGCAGCAAGGGGGCCUCCACCCUGACUGCACCCAAUGGUCACUACGUCUUGUCGCGGGGCGGCAAUGGCCUCCGCUACGUCCCUGGAGCUGGCUUGGGCACAAGCCCCGCCCUGGUUGGAGAGGAAGCAGCCAGUGCUGCAGAUCUGGAUAAUCGGUUCCGGAAGAGGACUCACUCAGCUGGCACAUCCCCUACCAUUUCCCACCAGAAGACCCCAUCCCAGUCCUCAGUGACUUCCAUCGAGGAGUACACAGAGAUGAUGCCUACCUACCCGCCAGGAGGUGGCAGUGGAGGCCGACUGCCCGCCUACCGGCACUCCGCCUUUGUCCCCACCCACUCCUCCUACCCGGAGGAGGGUCUGGAAAUGCACCCCUUGGAGAGGUGCGGGAGCCACCACCAUCACCGACCAGAUGCCUCCACCCUCCACACUGAUGAUGGCUACAUGCCCAUGUCCCCAGGGGUGGCCCCAGUGCCCGGCAGCCGCAAGGGCGGUGGGGACUACAUGCCCAUGAGCCCCAAGAGCGUGUCUGCCCCACAGCAGAUCAUCAACCCCAUCAGACGCCAUCCUCAGAGAGUGGACCCCAAUGGCUACAUGAUGAUGUCCCCAAGUGGCAGCUGCUCUCCUGACAUUGGCGGUGGGCCCAGCAGCGGCAGCAAUGCCCCACCUUCUGGGAGCAGCUUUGGGAAGCUAUGGACAAAUGGGGUAGGGGGGCACCACCCUCAUCCCCUGCCUCACUCCAAAGCACCCUUGGAGAGCAGUGGUGGCAAGCCCUUGCCUUGCGCAGGUGACUACAUGAACAUGUCGCCAGUGGGGGACUCUACCACCAGCAGCCCUUCUGAUGGUUACUAUGGCCCUGAGGACUCCCAGCACAGGCCGAUCCUCUCCUACUACUCGUUGCCAAGGUCCUUUAAGCACAGCCAGCGCCCAGGGGAGCCAGAGGAGAGUGCCCGCCACCAGCACCUCCGCCUUUCCACAAGCUCUGGUCGCCUCCUCUAUGCCGCUACUGCAGAAGAUUCUUCCUCCUCCACCAGCAGUGACAGCCUGGGAGGGGGAUACUGUGGAGCGAGGCCGGAGCCUGGCCACCCGCAUCUCCACCAUCAGGUCCUGCAGCCCCAUCUGCCUCGGAAGGUGGACACGGCUGCUCAGACCAACAGCCGCCUCGUCCGGCCCACGAGGCUAUCCCUGGGAGAUCCCAAGGCCAGCACCUUACCUCGGGCCCGAGAACAGCAGCCGCAGCAGCAGCAGCCCCUGCUGCACCCUCCAGAGCCCAAGAGCCCAGGGGAAUAUGUGAAUAUUGAAUUUGGGGGUGAUCAGCCUGUAUACUUGUCUGGCCCGGUGGCUUCUGUCAGGUGCCUGUCCCAGCUCCAGCCAGCUCCUAGAGAGGAAGAGACUGGCACCGAGGAAUACAUGAACAUGGACCUGGGGCCUGGCCGGAGGGCAGCCUGGCAGGAGAGCACUGGGGUCGAGAUGGGCAGGAUGGGCCAGGCACCUCCCGGGGCUGCCAAUGUGUGCAGGCCAACCCGGGCUGUGCCCAGUAGCCGGGGAGACUACAUGGCCAUGCAGAUGGGGUGUCCCCGUCAGAGCUAUGUGGAUACCUGUCCAGUGACCCUUGUCAGCUAUGCUGACAUGCGGACGGGCAUUGCUGCAGAGGAGGUGAGCCUUCCUGGGGCCACGGCGGCUGCUCCCUCCUCUUCCUCUUCCUCAGCAGCUGCUGCUUCCCCCACGGGGCCUCAAGGAGCAGCUGAACUGGCUGUCCGCUCUUCUCUGCUGGGGGGCCCACAGGGACCUGGGGACAUGAGCGCCUUCACCAGGGUAAACCUCAGUCCCAAUCGCAACCAGAGUGCCAAAGUUAUCCGGGCGGACCUGCAAGGGUGCCGGAGGAGGCAUAGCUCGGAGACCUUCUCCUCGACGCCCAGUGCCACCCGGGUGGGCAACACAGUACCCUUUGGAGGGGGAACCGUAGCAGGGGCAGGCAGCGGUGGUGGCAGCAGCAGCAGUGAGGAUGUGAAACGCCACAGUUCUGCCUCCUUUGAGAAUGUGUGGCUGAGGCCUGGGGAACUUGGGAUCACCCCCAAGGAGCCGGCCCAGGUGUGUCGGGCCACUGGGGGGCUGGAGAAUGGUCUUAACUACAUAGACCUGGAUUUGGUCAAGGACUUUAAACAACACCCUCAAGAGUGCCCCCCUCAACCGCAGCCACCUCCACCCCUGCCCCCACAUCAGCCCCUUGGCAGCAGUGAGAGGAGCAUGGCCAGCCGCUCUAGUGAGGAUUUAAGCACCUAUGCCAGCAUCAGUUUCCAGAAGCAGCCAGAGGACCUCCAGUAGCUCAGCUGGACAUCACAGCAGGUGCGUUUCAUGAAUGAAGACCUACAUGACCUCAGCAAAACCUCCUUAAACUCAUGGGUACCCAGACUCUAAAUAUUUCAUGAUUUACAACCAGGACCUCACAUGCUCCCCUCCAUAGAUGGUACGAUGCAUCCGUUUCAGUUUGUUUACUUUAUACAAUCCUCAGGAGUUCUUUGACUGAACUGCACGUUCUCUAUUGUGCCAAGCAAAAAAACACUGUGACACCGGAACAAUGAGUCUGCAUAAACUUCGUCUUCAACCUUAAGGACUUAGCUGGCUACAGUGAGCUGAUGUGCCCACCAUCACACCACGAGAGAAUGGGUUUACUCUCCGUGCAUUUGCAAGAUAUAUUUCAUCUGCUGCUGAAAUUGUGUACGAAAAAGCAUCGUUGUAAAUUAUUACAUACAGAACUGUUGGGUGGAGAGAGUAUUAAAUAUUUAACAUAGGUUUUUGAUUUAUAUGUGUAAUUUUUUUAAUUAAAAUGUAACUUCUUUUCUUACGGAACAUUUUUUUUUUUUUUUUUGGAUGUGGAACUGAGGUAUACAAUGUUUUGUUGUAAAGAGUGGAGCAAUGGCUUAAAACAAGGCUAAGAAGAGUAGAAUAGGGUACAAUCCUUGUUUUAAGAUUGUAAUUCAGAAAAAUAAUAUAAUAAGAAUCAUAGUGUCAUAGAUGGUUCUCAACUGUAUAGUUAUAUAUACUGAUGCUAUCUCCUGUAAUAUAAUCCUGAUGUUGAGAUGAGUUCCUUACAAGAAUUAAUCUUAAUUUUGUACUUUUCCUGUAAGACAAUAGGCCAUGUUAAUUAAACUGAAGAAGGAUGUAUUCUACUGGGUAUUCUCAAGUGUCAGCUUAAAAUUGGCAAUUGAGUGGAAGCAAAAUUAUAAGUAAAGGAAAUCAAAGUCUUCCUUGUGUAUACUGUAAAAAAGGAGACAUGGGUGAUCCCUUUAAAUCAAAAGCUCUCUUUGGAAUGAACAAUGUGGGUGUUUGUAAAUUCUGGAAAUUUCUUUCUAUUCAUAAUAAACUACAUACUGUUGA